CCCUUUUGGACAUUAUUAGUUUGCACUAUUUUUAUGCAUAUAUAUAUAUAUAUAUAUAUAUAUAUAUAUAUAUAUUAUAUACUAUGUUCAAAACACGAUUAAUAUAACAUUGUAGUUUGUACUCCGUAUCUAAAACUUUAUUAUAUUAGUGUUUGCUACGAAUACAAAGUCUGCACUUUUUUUUUUUUUUGACAUUGUUUGUUUUUUUAAUAUGGGAUUCACUUUUUUUUUGUAUUGCUUGAUUUUGUCAAUAUGGGAUACUAUGUUCAAAACACGAUUAAUAUAACAUUGUAGUUUGUGCUCCGUAUUUAAAACUUUAUUAUAUUAGUGUUUGCUACGAAUACAAAGUCUGCACUUUUUUUUUGACAUUGUUUGUUUUUUUAAUAUGGGAUUCACUUUUUUUUUAUAUUGCUUGAUUUUGUCAAUAUGGGAUACUAUGUUCAAAACACGAUUAAUAUAACAUUGUAGUUUGUGCUCCGUAUUUAAAACUUUAUUAUAUUAGUGUUUGCUACGAAUACAAAGUCUGCACUUUUUUUUUGACAUUGUUUGUUUUUUUAAUAUGGGAUUUACUUUUUUUUUAUAUUGCUUGAUUUUGUUAAUAUGAGGUCUACCUUUUUUUUUCCUGUGAGUUUGGAGAUGGUGAGUUCCACUUUUUUAACUUUUUUUUUUUUAAAUAUUGGUUAGUGUUUUUAUUUUUAUUUUUUAAUAUUAAUUGGUGUUUAAUAUGGGAACCAUACUUUUUUUUUUUAUGCUUAACGGACGACGAAGACCCAUGCUUAUAUAGUAGUAUAGUAAUUUCUUAGGCCACUUCUAUCUAUUUGCCCAUCUCUCUCUCUCUUUAUGUUUCCUAGCAAGUAAGGUUCCUCUUGAUUCUCAUACAAUUACUACUGUGUAUGUGUAUCUCCCUCUUCUCUUCUUCUUGCUAGUCUCUCUCUUUUUUUCUUUUCUUUUUCUUUUUUUGCCAAAAAAUAGUACUAUGUAAUUAAAUCUACAUAUAGCUGAUUUAUUCCUCUUUUUUUUCUAGCUUUCUGCAAUUUCUGGUUCAUGAUGUACAGUAAAGCUCUUGUUUGUUUUCAAGUAUAUAUCUUUUAUACCUACUAACUUUGUCUGAUGCAUAUCUGAUUAAUGGUCUUAGUUAUGUUCAUGCUCUUACAAUUUUUAUGUGGCGACUCAUAAUUUUAUUUUAAUUUCUUAAUAUGUUCUUUUUUCUAGUAAUCUUGCUUUUUCUUAAAAUAAUUAUCUUGUUAUCUUGGACUAUAUAUCUUAACUAGUAUUUCUUUUGUUCUUUUUCUCUAAGAAUUCAUUCUCUAGUUUCUUUUCUCUCUAAAUUGUGAUUCCCUUUUCUCCUCUAGUUUCUAUAAUUUGUUGAACACUAAGAUUUAAAAGUGUGGGGGAAAACUUAAUUAAUAGUGGUGAAGACAGAAAUUUAGUUAAGGAUAUUCAAGAUUUAAUAUAUAGGCUACCAAUAAUUUUUGACACAUAUACAUAGUACAAUUUUCUGGUAAGGGGGUAUUCAACUCACCAUCCUUCAUUCUGUGUGGCUCCGCCAAUCACCAUAGAAGUGUGGGUUUAAUUACAAUAUUUUCUCUCUGUGUAUAUUAUGGGUGGUGAAGUUAAGUGUGAAAAAUGUUACCUUAGUUGAUGCCCAAUUUAGUGGGAACUUACGAAUUACUAUUUGUUAUUGAAUUGCAGGAAUUUGUUUGAGGAUUUCAAAGAAAGGUGUUAUUAAUUGGUUUAAAGUGCAUAUCUAUAUAUGACCAUGAUAUUUACCAAAGUGAGUGGAGGAGUUGUCCAAAAUCCCUAUGCAACUUCAUUGUCCAGUACUCCACCUUGGUGGGACACUACUGAAUUCAAUAUUUCCUCUGACUCUCAAUCAUGUUAUUCCAAAUCUUCAGAAAAGCUUUCAAAUGCUGUUUCUAUGCAACCAUAUAAUAUGGACUAUCAAGGACACUUUGAGCUAGGAUUUGCUCAGCCCCUGGGCCGGAUUAUGCUACCAUUGAAUUUGACCUCUGAUGAAGGUCCAAUAUUUGUCAAUGCCAAGCAAUAUCAUGGUAUACUUAGGCGUCGAAAGUUUCGUGCCAAGGAAAUGGAGAAUAAACUGCUUAAACCACGCAAGCCGUUCUUGCACCUCUCACGCCAUCUCCAUGCCAUGCGCCGACCUAGGGGAGGCGGUGGCCGCUUCUUGAACACGAGGAAGAUGAACGGAAGUACCAAUGAUGAUACAAAUGGUACAACCAGGACUAGUAACAGGAAAUCUCAACCCACUAGAUCACAAAAUUCUGAAGUUCUACAGUCUGACUCGGAUCAUAUAGGCAAUUUUAACUCGCCAAAGGAUAGCAGAAUGUCAUGUAAUUCAUCAGAGGUCACUAGCUUGUACUCCAGGGAAAAUUUUGAUACUUUUCCAAUUCAGAAUCCUAGGCCCUCUGUUGAGGCAUUUCUUGAUAUGAUGAAUACUGGCCAUGAUAUUCUCAUGGCCAGUAAGUGGGGUUCUGCAGUAGCAGAUAGCUGCUGCAACCUCAAAAUUUGAUAACUUCUCGUCCUUACUACAACCAAAUGGAGGUCUCUGACCGCGAUUUGGUUGAUAGAAUAGGCAGAUCAUCCUUGGCUAUCGACAGGCAGUUCAUCCUUGGCUUAUCCGCAUUAAGGUGUUGCCUCUAUCAUUCCAUUGCUCACAAGCUACGUGGAUGUUACGAGGGGCUAAAUCCUUAGUGCACUUUAAUUAUAGCAAUAGUAAGACGUAUGUCCUAAAGUUAAAUAAGUUCAUGAAAGUCCAGAUUAUCGGGUUUGUGAUGAUGUGUAUGUGUUGGCUUGUAAAAAUUAAGAGUUGAAGUAUGAUUUGGUAUUUGGUGUGUUUGAGACUGGACUUGUACUUAGAUGGAAGUGAAGUAUUUAUGAUAUAAUAAUUUGGACAUAAGUUUGUAAAAUAUAUGCA